AUGACAAUCGAAAUACCCAAGUUGGCUGUCCCUGGAAUGGUCUUGGCUCCUGAGUAUUCGGGCAAGAUACCUUCCAUUGAAGACUUGAAUGAACCUGAAACAGGUAAAGAUUGCAGAUGCCACUUUUUUGCUGGUCCUGGCACCAGAUUGGAUAAUUUAGAACUAGGCAAAGAGAACUCCACAUCACAGAUCCCAACCAUAACGGCAACCGUACUGGGACAAGUCUGUGUUUUUUUGAGGAGUGAUGAAGAGAAUGUAGAGGCAAAGAAGUCAGAAAAUCGUGAAUACGUGGUGAUUGUAGUCCCCUUCAAGAAUAACAAGAUUGAAUACGAAGACUCUCAAGUUCCUCAUAUAAGUAAAAAAGAUGAAGCUUACCUGAAGGGAAGUAGUCUUCCUCAAGAAGGUGACAUUGUUCUAGUAAGAGUCACAAGAAUAUCUCAAAGGCAAGCAAAUGUUGAAGUGUUAGCCGUGGAAGGAAGAGGUAAUGUUGGUGAAGAAUCAGGAGUGGGUUCGAACGGAUCUGGAGCCAUUGCUUCUGGUGGAGGAUCUGGAGCUUCCUCUUUUAUCAAUGCUAUAGCGACCUCUGCAUCGCUGAUUGCUCAAAGGUCCGACAUUGGAGAAACCUUCAAAGGAAUUAUAAGGUCACAAGACGUUCAGUCCACUAAUAGAGAUAAAGUCCAGAUAAAUAAAUGCUUUCGUCCAGGAGAUGUGUUGAGAGCAAUCGUAAUCUCCCUAGGUGAUGGUUCCAAUUACUACAUGUCCACAGCAAGAAACGACCUUGGGGUUAUCCUGGCUAAAUCCAACGGCGGUGCAGGUAAUGCCAUGUACGCUGUUGAUUGGCAAACGAUGAUAGAUCCUACUACAGGGGUUAUAGAAGAGAGGAAGUGUGCCAAACCCUUCUCAUAA